AUGGCACUGAGCUAUGGGCUCUUCAUCUGCCUUCUGCUCUGGGGAGGCAUGGAGCUGUGCUACCCCCAGCCCCUCUGGCAGGGUGGGGCCCGCCACCCCGUGCAAUCCAAGCCACCCCUAGUGGUGGAGUGUCUGGAGGCCCAGCUUGUGGUCAUUGUCAGCAAAGACCUUUUUGGCACUGGGAAGCUCAUCAAGGCUGCAGACCUCACCCUGGGCCCUGAGGGCUGUGAGCCCCUGGUCUCUACAGACAUGGAUGAUACGGUCAGAUUUGAGGUUGGGCUACAUGAGUGUGGCAACGGCGUGCAGGUGACCAAGGAUGCCCUGGUGUACAGCACCUUCCUGCUCCACAAACCCCGCCCUGUGGGAAACCUGUCCAUCCUGAGGACUAACUUCGCCGAGGUGCCCAUCGAGUGCCGUUUCCCCAGGCAGGGCAAUGUGAGCAGCCAGGCCAUCCUGCCCACCUGGGUGCCCUUCAAGACCACGGUGUUCUCGGAGGAGAAGCUGGUUUUCUCCCUGCACCUGAUGGAGGAGAACUGGAGCACUAAGAAGAGGUCCCCCACCUUCCAGCUGGGAGAUAUAGCCCACCUCCAGGCCGAAGUCCAUACUGGCAGCCAUGUGCCACUGCGAUUGUUUGUGGACUACUGUGUGGCCACGCCGACGCCAGGCCGAAAUGCCUCCCCUUAUCACACCAUCGUGGACUUCAAUGGUUGUCUCGUGGAUGGCCUCUAUGAUGCCUCGUCUGCUUUCAGAGCACCCAGACCCGGGCCAGAGACCCUCCAGUUCACAGUGGACGUGUUCCAUUUUGCUAACGACUCCAGAAACAUGAUAUAUAUCACCUGCCAUCUGAAGGUCACUCCAGCUGACCGAGUCCCAGACCAACUAAACAAAGCCUGUUCCUUCAGCAAGUCCUCUAAUAGCUGGUCCCCAGUAGAAGGCACUGCUGAUAUCUGUCAAUGCUGUGACAAGGGUAGCUGUGGCAUCCCAGGUCUUUCCAGGAGGCUAGUGGGACAGUGGCACAAAUCUUCCCGCAGCCGCAGGCAUGUGACAGAAGCAGCAGAUGUCACAGUGGGGCCGCUGAUCUUCCUGGGAAAGGCUAGUGACCACGGUGUGGAGGGGUCGACCUCGUCUCUCACCUCCGUGAUGCUGGGGUUAGGCCUAGCAAUGGUGACAUCCCUGACUCUGGCUGCCGUUGUCCUGGGUGUUGCCAGGAGGCGUCAGGCUGCUUCCCACCCCGUGAUGUGCCCUGUGUAUGCUUCCCAAUAA